CAUUUUAUUGUGAAACAUCUGCUUAGUUGAGUUAUAAAUGGCAAAAUUGUAUAUAAAAAGUAUGAUAUGGAACAUACUGUUGUAUAUAUUAUUUGAAGGUUUAUCAGCCAGUCCUGUUACUGUACAAUUUACUGCUAUUGGGGAGAAGAUUCAAAUGACAUGUCCGGACAACCAAUCUAGUAGUUGGCAGAAGUUUGAUACAGGAGACAUAUUAGCGUCAUGUGAAAAUGGAAACGCAGCUAUAAAAAAAAGUCUAUUUCACAGAAUAAAUGUAACAGAUGACUGCCAAAACUUGACUAUAAAGGAUUUCAAAAUAGAAGAUGUUGGCCAGUACCGUUGCUUUGUCACUUACCCUGAUGCAAAAGAACCCAUGUACGGUUUUGAUAUCCAAAUUCGGUCCGUGACUAUUGUCGAAGCAAACAAUUCUAGUGAAAUAAAACGCAGAGAAGGAGAAAAUAUUACAUUGACAUGUUCAAUACAUGGUGCACAACAAAAUACGGUUGUAUAUUGGACAGUUGGAGGCACGAUACUUAGGUCAAAUAAGUCUAAGUAUGUAAUAUAUCAAUUCACAGCAAAGCCAUCUGACCACAUGAAACAGUUUGUAUGCUUUGCAAACAGUAGUGAAAAUAGUUAUUUUCUUGAAGCGAAAGUACAACUGAGUCUAAUCUUUAAACCUGAUGUGAAAGUUGUUUCAUAUCCAAGUCCACCGACAGUACAAAAAGGUCACGGCAUUACAUUAGUAUGUCAGGACGAAUCUGGCAAUGAUGAAAUAAUCAACAGUUUUUCAUGGAACCAACAUGGGCGACUGCUAAAUAACAAUACAAAGACGUUACAAAUUGUACGUGCAGAUUCUGAUGUCACUGGCGAGUACACCUGCACUGUUAAGAAUAUUGCUGGAGAGGAUUGCGAUGUUGUAAAUGUCACUGUAACAUAUUCCCCAGUCGUUCAAAACUAUAACGUGACCUUUAAAACAAACGAUGGACCUAUCACUCUCAAAUGUGAGGCUAAAGGUGUACCAAACACGUACAAAUUCAGUGAAUGGCGACAUUUCACUCAUAAUGAUCAGCUUGUAAGAACUAUUCAGGGAUAUACAAAUGGAACCCUCAUUUUGCCACAUCAAGAACUUACGUAUGAAAACAGUGGUAUUUAUAUCUGCAAUGUAACAAACGGCAUUCCAGAUGAGGACGGCCUGGUAUGGAAAGCGGGAAAGGUGGAAGUGAUCAUUGAAGGUAUUCCGGUAUUAGUUAACCCAGGAAAACACAUUUUUAUUGGCAAUUUUGAUGACACCUCCAGUGUCACAGUUUUUGUUCUUAGUUCUUCAAACGUGCUAAAAGCAGAUUGGUUUGAUGAAAGACAAAUGCUCCUGAAUACUAGUACAUGUUCUCCAUCUGUGACAAAAACGGAUUUUUUUGGAAAUCUAUUCAAAGUUCCUUCGUAUAAAUGCGUGUAUUGGAUUCAGACAACAAAAAAGGAAGAUUUUCAAAACUAUACCGUGAAUAUAGAAAACCAGUUUGGGGAAAUCGCGUUUAAUUUUUCGCUUGUGUCUGCAAAUGAAAUGAGCAGUUCUGGAACGAAAUACAUCGGAUUUGUUCUUGUUUUCACCUUUACAGUCUGCAUACUAUUUACAUGGUGGCGCUUAAGAAAAGCAAAGAGACAAGAUUAUCAAAGGUCUAGAGAAAACGAACAACAAAUACAAGGAGUAGGUGUAAUCGUGAAUAAUCUGUAUGGGUCUGCCGCUGAUCUACACGGAUCAUAAUCAGCAUCUGCUGGUAGAACAGACGUAUAUUCCUCAAUUGACAGACGCAAGGAAAAUUUGGACAAACAGGAAGUGACGUACAAGAUUGCCGGACAAGAAAAAAACAAAUUCCAGCUAACAGACAGAAAAGGAAAAAAACGACACACCGAAAGUGGUUCAUCAAAACUGAACUAUGUUGAUGUUGUCUUUGAACCCCAAACACAUAGCGGAAAUCUUUACAUCCAUGGAGAUGGCAACAGAACACCAUAUGCAGACAUCGACUUUUCAGCAAAAACAGAACCGCUCAUUAGUUCAGAUGAGGAUGACGAAAGUUCUAUUAAAGGGAAGGACAAUGGCGAUGAUUUUGUGUCCUUGGAAGACGUUCAGCAGUGGAACAUUAUUGACGAUUGAUUUGUUGUUCGAUGUUUUCCCCGUGUUUUUUCCUUUUAAUUUUAUAAAAAUGCACUUAUUAUGAAUGUAAAAGGGCGAUCAAUGAUAGAAAAAUGGCAAUCAAUAUAAACAUUCACAAAUGUGCGUUUGUCUUAUGUUAGGAAUCUAUACAUUGUGUGUUUCUUUACAUCGAUCGCAAUUAUAAAAUAUGUUUGUUAAUUUGCUUCUGUUUACAACAACUCUUUGGUUAUUUUUAUGCAAUUACGAUUUUGAGAAGUAGUUUAGUAUUACAUACUUGUAAAUUGUGUUAUGCUUAAUUAACUUUUUGAUUGUUUAGGGAGAUUUUCAUUUUUCUAUAAGUUCGUGUUGCUCAAUCUCUGGUUGUCAGGAAUAUAUGUUGCUAUUAUUUUUUUUCUCUUCAUCGUAUCGAGUUGUUUUACAAUAGUGUUGUUUAUCUAAUUGGGGUAACAAUUUUCGAUUGCCCCUGGUACAUUCUCUAAUUUUUGCAUCAUACAAAUCUUUUCUUUUAUGUUUCAUUUGAUAUAAAAUAUAUUAAUAAAAUGUGGUCCAACAAACCGCAGAUUUCAAUCGCAACCGUACUUUCGACUCAAUGUAGUCUCAAAAGAUAGGUAAAGCUACUAUCAGCAUUGAACUCUCAAGCUUUUUUUUCUAUUUUUAUACCCACAUCUUAAUUGUUUACCUUAGACCUACUGAAACAAAACGAGUGAUCUUAGAAACUGUAUCCUGUUAAAAACAACUGAGGUAUAUAUAAAGCGAACUGAAUUAUUUCUAAUCUAUGUUGGUAGGUGACACGAAUGGUCUCUAGACAUACUUGUCAGCUUUUGUGAAAUAGAGGAAAGCACAUCAGUGCGCUAUGACACAUUUAUGAACAUGUGUGUAAAGGUUUUGCUUGCGACCAAGUUUGGUACGUGAAAUCAUGUUUUGGAUCAUGGAAUUAAUGAUAAACCAGUAAUCAUGUUCAAGAAUUAUAGUCAAUGACACUUUUGCUAUGAAACAUUCGGAAAACAAGAGAGGGACAUUUUACCUAAACAUUUAAACACUCUGCGAAAUAGUUAAACACAUAAUGCCUGAUACUUAUCUUCAUGAUAUAGAACAAUUAUUGUUCAUGAACCCAGCUCGCCAUCAAACAACGUUAAGUGAAAAAUAAUGAAAACUCUGUAUGUUUUAAGGGUUGCAUAAGGUGUUACAGAAAUAGAUAAAAACAAAAACGAUAAACUGAGCCCUCUGGUAACAGAUCUCGAUAUUGCUUCUUCUUCAGACUAUUCAAUUAUGCAUAUCAGCAAAAUAUCAUCAUUGUAGUGAAACAAUAUGAACUUGAAUAUUCAUUUUACAUAUAUUUAAUAAACAGUUAGAAGAACAUAUUGCGUAUUGUCGAAAUAUUGAUGAAUAAUUAGAUGGUCUAAACUUUUGAUCUUAUCAAUACAAUAUAUAUGUAUGGCUCUUCAAAUUCUCAAAGUCAAAUAGUCUAGGGAUGUCAUUUAAAAGCUAUAUUAUUUUUACUAUUUACUUGACAGUGCCAUUGCGUUGUCAGUUUUUUUUUGACUUGAGUUCGAGUAUUCCAUUGGUAUUUUCCGCCUCUCUUUGAACAAAACUAAAAAUUAAACAUACAAAACUUUAUGAAAAAUUGAUCAAAACUGGUUUGUCUCGAAAAUCUAGCAAGUCUGCAAUGAAAAAGCAUUUGCAGAAUGAUAUUAUUAUUUAUUUUACCUCCUAUAAAUUUCUAGGAAUAUGAUUGGUAAAAAGCAACCGCGUGGAAACCGUGUACAUUUUAUAUGGGGUUAGUAGGAGUGGUUUAUUUCAAUACAUGAUUAGUAGCGGUGUUACGGCCCUUUGUAAACAAAAAACGAUUUUGGGGAAACAUCUUAGAGGUUUCAAAAGACGAAGAAAUUGAUGAUGAAAGAUUGAAAUAAAUUCAUGAAACAAAAAUCUAA